CUGGAGUGCCUGUUCCAGGUACUCAGCCCAUGCCAUCCAUCCCACCUCUUUCGGUAGUUCCGGGACUUCAGGCUCUUCAGCCGGGUGCAGUUUUGCCUGCUCUAGGUUUACCUCUGCCACAGGGAUUACCUCCACCACAAGGGGUUCCACCCCCUCAAGGACUGCCUAUUCCACCAGCACUGCCACCAUUACAAGCAAUGCCUAUGCCACAGGGAAUGCCUUUCCCAGGUCCUAUCAAUAUACCUCCUCCUGGGUAUGCUCAUGGUGUUCCUCCACCCCCAUUUAUGAGGCCAGGGUUUAAUCCAAUGCAACUGCCCCCAGGAUUUCUUCCUCCUCCGGGUAUGCCCCCUCCUAUGGCUCAUCCAGUGUCUCUUCCUCCUCCUAUGUCUGGAAUAAGCAUCCCAACUUCUACUACAGGUGCUCCAUGUAAUGAUCCAGAUGUAGCUCAAGGAAAUACGUUACCUUAUGGCAUUGGAGCUGAAAAUAUGGAUUCUGAUAAUGGGAAUGGAUAUGGAGUUGCUCCACAAGGAGGGCCAAAUAAUACUUCUGGUCCAUUGAACCCACUUCACGAUGAUUCACAAGGUGCUUCGUCCCAAGGACCUCAAGCUGAUGCUCCUGCAGGCCCAUCCCAGUGUCCUCCUGGCCCACCACAAGGUCCUCCAAACCAGACACAUGGUCUGUCGCAAGGGCCUCCAGGUCCACCCCAAGGUCCUCCACACUCUGCACAAGGUCCACCACAAGCUCCACCUCAAGGACCCCGUCCAGGACCACCUCAAGGACCCCAAGGAGGGCCAUACCAGGGGCCUCCACACGGAGCACCAGGCCCUAUGCCUGGGUUGCAAAGCCCUUCAACAGGCCUUCUAGGGGCUAGGCCUGGAUUAAUACCUCUUCAAAGACCACCUGGAGUUCCCCCACCUCACAUGCAAAGAUUUCCUGGAAUGCCACCUCGCCAAAUGCCACCUCAUAUGGCACACAGAGGUCCUCCUGGGCCAGGUGGUUUUGGAAUGCCGCCACCCCAUGGUAUUAGAGGCCCUUAUCCACCACAGGGACAUUUUGGAAGGGGCGGGCCCGGAUGUCCUGAAGAUAGAGAAGGUAGGCCAUUUAGAAAUGAAAGACGAGGGUUUAAUCCAGAACGGGGUGAUAGGCAUGGGUUUAAUACAGAAAGAGGUGAUAGACAUGGGUUUAAUCCCGACCGAAAUGAUAGGCAUCGGUUUAAUCCCGAGGCAGAGGAGGAAUUUGAUGUUGAAAUGGAUGAGGCGUCUGAAUUUAACCCUGAAAUGGAAGAGGAGGAAGGAUUUAAUCCUGAGAUGGAUGACGAACAAGGUUUCAACCCUGAUAGACAAGGUUUCAAUCCUGAUAGACCAGGCUUCCAUCCAGACAGGCCGGGAUUUCACCCCGAGAGGCCAGGUUUUAAUCCAGAAAGACCAGGCUUCCACCCAGAUAGGAAUGAAAGGCAGGGCUUUCAUCCCGAAAGAGAAAGAUUCGGAAGAAGGUCUUUUGGAAAUCGUAAUGAGGAUGAUCGAGAACACUUUGGCGGCCGCUUUGAUGACCAUGAGAGAGCAAGCCGUGGCAGAAGAAACUGGGGCCGAGGAGGAAGUCCAGAGCGUGACAGACCAAGGGAACCUGAAGGAAGGAGCAGGUGGUCUGGAGGACGAGAGAGGGAACCACGUAAACCUCUUCUAGAUUUCCCUGAUCGUAAACAUGGUGUGACCGAAAACCACGAGCCCGCAAGUGAAAAACCAGAGCCCAAAGAGCCUGCUCCUGACACCGCCAAGGAAAAACCUGAACCUCCUGAGAAAAAACCCGCCGAAGACAAGACGCCUAAAGUUUCAUCACCGGCUGAUAAAACAGAAAAGGACUCUGAGUCUAAAUCCUAAGAUGCACGUUAACACCUUACAACCACAAACUUUUGUUGAGUAGAUCUUUGGCGUUGUACAUUAAGCUGUAAAAUAUUUUGCUUCCGCUGAUUGACCUCUCGUUAGUUUCUGAAGAAUUGUAAACUUAUUGGCUUUCCUUCUAUUUAAAAUGGUUACGAAAUACAAUACCAUCGUAUUAAAAGAACACAUAACAAGCCUCCCAUGGUUCGCUGUAACUUUUUGAAUAAGUUAUUUGAAAAGUUUACAGCUCGUACUUUUUUUUUCCGUUGUUUUGUUUUUACUGGGGGAAGAAGCACCUUUAAACUCUUGAAAAUAUUAGAGGUGUGUUUUUAAUAAACUCUA